UGUAGAGUGCUGUGAAUGACCAUUUCCUUGUUUGUUAUCAUUCCUCAGGAAGAUGAAGAGAAAGAUCCCGAUGACUUGAUGGAACAUGAACGACCAGCACCAAAAAUCGACUUCUCCAAGAUGGAUGCCAAAAAUCCUGAGAGCAUUCUUCAGAUGAGCAAGAAGGGCAAGACCUUGAUGAUGUUUGUGACCGUUUCCGGUGACCCUACUCAGGAGGAAGCAGAAACUAUCACCCAACGAUGGCAGGAUCAACUUUUUAAUGCAAAUUUUCAACUCCAGAGGUAUAUGGUAGACAGCAACAGGGCUAUCUUUCUCCUUAAGGAUGGCGCCCUCGCUUGGGAGAUGAAAAACUUCCUCAUCGACCAGGAUCGUUGCUAUGAGGUAACUAUCGACAACAAGAGCUACUAUGGCAAGGGCUCUGGAAGGAUGGAUGAAAACACUCCUGCUGGUGCGAAGAAAGAUUCCAAGAGUAAGACAAAGAAAGGAAAGGGAAAGAAGAAGGAAAAAAUUAAGGUUGAAAAUAAUAAGACAGAAUUAAUGGCAUUGUCCUUCAGUAAUUACUUGACAAGAAAAUUUAGCCUACAUAUAUGUUCCACACUUGUGUUUUAUUACAUCUCUGUUUAAAACUUUAAAAUGUAGAUUUGUAAUAUGUGCUAGUGAUUACAGGUAGAUAAAAAUGCCCCAAACCUUUCACACUGUUAGUUUUUAUAUAUUUUUUAAAUGUUUUUAUACUGAGAAGUUUGCGUAAUCAGAUGAAUAUUGAAAAGAGAUUAUUGCCACAUUUUUCAACCCAUACUAUACCAGAGUUUUAGACCAUGGUUUAUGAAGCAUGCAUGUUUGUUCUGUUUUUUGUCAGGUCUUGACGAAAUUGAUUUUAAUUGGGGGAUAUUUGAUUUCAUUUUGUUGUUCAAACUUAAAUGAUAUAUUUGUUGGACUGGCAUUUUACACAAAAUUCAGUUCAAAAUAUUGGUCAUGACUCAUAUGAGUAUUAAGUUAUUAUUCAUCCAUGGUUUCUUAUUAGAGGAAUGGUAUUACACUAACACUACUUAAAAUUGUAUACUGCCAUCUUCAAUUCUGCUAGCAAUACUGUGAUGCAUUGAUUUUUGCCAUCAUGCAUCAGUGUCUGUAUGGCAUACAUAUAUAACACUAAUAACAAGAGGUGACAGUCUGUGGUAUAUGCAAUUGAGCUUGAAAACUAGGUGGGAGGAUCUAAGGAGAUUUAUCAGAAUGGGGUUAAAUGAUAUGAUUGCUCAGGGAAUAAUUUUGCUGGACAAAUUUGAAUAGCAUUUUUGGUCAUAAGAGAAAAGCUCUCAACUAUUAUAAUGUACAGUCCUAUGUAAAAAUAUGCUAUUCAAAAGACUUUAUGCAUAGCAGUCUUUCAAAAAUGUGGAGCGAAUUGCGAUGCGAUACGAGGAAAAUUAUUCCCUGUUGCUCAUUUGUAAGAGUUGCUUAUUUGUCAUUGAAUUUUUUUAAUAUGGUAAUGUUUUCAUGAAAUUCAUGGAUCAAAGCAUACAUGUGUAAUGCUUAUAUCAUCAUCUUGCAUCAAAUUUUCUUUUGGAACUGUCAGUUUUUGUAUACCGUUCAGAUAUUGUUCUUUUUUUUCUACAUACAUUCUGUUACAUGUAACUUAUUAUUUUGUGCAAUAGAAGCCAUAAUUUACAUGCACUUAUUUAAAAACUUUAUGCAAUUUUUUCUUGAUCCUGAAAGACUGAUUAAUUCUUUGAAUUCAAGAGAUCAUGUACCAUUGUACAAUAUCAUGCCUUUAGAUGUUGUAUAAUAAUGUCUCCAAUCUUAAAACCUUUUCUUUUACUUUAUUGCUUUUCUAUCCAGUGGGAUUUUUUUCAAGAUUUUAUCAUAUGAUGCUAAUUGUUCUGAAUUCAUUAACUCUUUCAUGAUUGUCAUAAUAAAGUAUUUAUUGUUAACGAAUUAUAAGAUGGAUUCAUGUUCUCUUGGUGUCUUGUUACAAAAAGGAAUAAACUUUCUUUCGAUUUACAUGCACAUAAACAGUGUUU